AAUUUGUGCUUCAUAACUCUAAUCAGGCUGAACUCACACCUCCACACCCCCAUGUACUUUUUCCUCUUCAAUUUGGCCUUCAUAGACCUCUGUUAUUCUUCUGUGUUUUNUUGUUAUUCUUCUGUGUUUACACCCAAAAUGCUGAUUAACUUCACAUCAAAGAAGAAUAUUAUCUCCUACAGGGGAUGCAUGACCCAGCUUUACUUUUUAUGUUUUUUUGGAAUUUCUGAAUGCUAUGUGCUGACAUCAAUGGCCUAUGAUCGCUAUGUGGCCAUCUGUAACCCACUAUUGUAUAAUACUACCAUGUCUUCUAAAGUGUGUUUCAGCCUUAUAUUGGGUUCAUACUUGAAGCCAUUUUUGGAUGCCAUGGCUCACACUGGAUGCAUGCUGAGACUGACCUUCUGCAAUGUAAACACCAUCAACCAUUACUUGUGUGACGUCCCCCCUCUGCUCCAGCUCUCCUGCACGAGCACUUAUGUCAAUGAGCUGGUGGUUUUCAUUGUGGUGAGCAUCAAUGUGAUUGUGCCCAGUGUCACCAUCUUUGUCUCCUAUGGUUUCAUCCUCUCCAGCAUCCUGCGCAUCAGCUCCACUGAGGGCAGGUCCAAAGCCUUCAGCACCUGCGGCUCCCACAUAGUUGCUGUUUCUCUUUUCUUUGGAUCAUGUGCAUUUAUGUAUCUUAAACCAUCUUCUGCUGGGUCUAUGGAUAAGGGGAAAAUCUCCUCUGUCUUUUAUACCAAUGUGGUUCCCAUGAUGAACCCUUUCAUUUACAGCUUAAGAAACAACGACGUUAAACGUGCUGUGAGAAAAACUCUGAGUAGGAGAGUGUUUUGA